AUGUCAGCACGUAUCAACGAAAUUGGAAUGUCAUACGUCCGAGCGAGCGAGAUUGGAAUGCGUCAUAGUGCUGCUAAUCUGCAGAUGAUCGCCGGGACGGUGGCUAAUAAAGCACACGUUAUCGCCACUAUUCUGUCGCGUGGCAGCAAUCGCGUCCGUAGGCAGCGGCAGAUCAAAACCGUUCCCACAGCCAAAGCAGAGGACGAGAUCUCGCCUCUGUCGCAGCAAGAAGAUCUGCAGUUGCCGGAACCUGAGGCCGAGGUGCCGAACGUUGAGCCAAUAGUGUCAGUGGAGAAACAACAGGAGAAGAAGGCAGAGAAAGAGAAGGAGCUGCCACCGUUGCUUCCAUGGGAGGUCCGUAUAGACGGCACGACGAGAGAGAACUUAAUUGUGAAGCAGAAAAUUCUAGAGCUUGCGAUCUACCGCCGGACGUUCGUUGAACCUGCAGACGGAGAAGAAGAGUAUGAAGUUGAUUAUGCAGUGCUUAACAUCGUGGCCAAGGAGCUGCUGCUAAGUAACCCCAACUUGCGCGAGAAGCGAGAAACGCUCGUGAAGUCCGUACCUGUUGCUGUUGUGUCAGAGGAAGUCUUCUGGCGAAACUUUUUUUUACGAUGCAAUGCUGUCCGCUUAUCGGAAAACAUGCCGUCAUAUUUACCGGAAGCAAGGCAAACGCCCAUGUUCACUAAUCCGCUGGCCAGGCUUAGGCGUGGGCUGUUUCGCAAGCCACGCUUGUCCGCCAACUCGGGUAAGUCUCGCCGCGAAUUCUUGACGGUUGGUGGCUCUAUUUCAUCAAUUAGCGACAAGACGUCAUCAAGCGAUGAUGAUCCGAGCGAUCUGGUGCUGGACGUCGACGGUGAAAUCGAGAAGGAGCUGGUCAAGCGCCGCCCAUCGAGAGCUGUGGAGCUUUGCGUGCAGCCUGUGCCUUCUUCUCAGCAUAACGACAUUAUGAAUUCGUCAGCUACGAAGCUGGAAAGCACUUCCACCAGCAAAGAACCAGAGAACACCCUUGAUGCAAACAGUCCCAAUCAGUCGAAGGCAUCGGAAAAGCAAGCUUAA